CGCCAGCCCCCACACGGCCAGCGGGCGCCGCCCCCAACAGGCUCGCCUGGUUCGGGCCAACAGGGACCGAAUCCACUUCGGCUCCGUCUACUCCGAAGUCGGCGCGUCCACACGCGGCCCGGUUCGAAUCCCCUCCCGCCAGUGGCAAGAGGACAGAGGCACCAAACUGACAUUUCACUAAAUCUCUCAGUUCUAUGAUGCUGUUGGGAAAGUUCAUACAACCAGUGCUCAGCUUAAAGAAACUAUCAACCCCAGGUGCACACAGGCACUUCUGGGGAUGGCUGAAUGCAGUUUUUAACAAGGUAGACUAUGAACGUAUACAGGCUGUUGGCCCUGAUAGAGCAGCUUCUGAAUGGCUUCUGCGGUGUGGGGCGCUGGUUCGUUUCCAAGGCUAUGAUAAAUGGCAGCAUGACUACAAUGGUCUCCCAACAGGGCCUUUAGGAAAAUACAAGAUACAAGCAAUCGAUGCCACAGAGUCCUGCAUCAUGUACCGAGGAUUUGAUUAUUUGGAUGGUCUCAAACACGUUGAGGAAAUUAAGCUGAGCAACUGUAUUUAUAUCCAGGAUGAAUGUCUGCAGAGGAUCAGUGAGACUGAGAGUUUACAGAAAAGCCUCCUGCGACUGAUGAUAAUUUCCUGUGGGAAUGUCACAGAUAAAGGCAUCAUAGCACUCCACAAACUAACGAACCUUGAAUAUUUAUUUCUGAGUGACCUUCCUGGGAUAAGAGAGAAAGAAACUACUGUUCAGAUCCUUAAGAAAUCAAUGCCAUCACUGGAGCUGGAAUUAGAUUUAGAAUAAAGGCAUCUUUAUGUAAUUCUGAGGUGUCUUAUUUCAUAAUCUGCAUUAUCCUUAAACUAUAUGGGUUAUACAGUUGUCGCUACUUAUAUUUCCUCAUGGAAGAAGAACUCUCAUCCAUGGCUUUGAAGGUAUUUAAAAAAAAAUCAAUCUCAAUGAAAUGUUGUUGAACUUAAUUUGUGCUUUCACUUAACUACAGCGAAUGCAAUUCUGUAAACACUUGUAAGUUUUGGAGUGGUUGUAAGAAGAUAAAGAAUUCUGUCUGCUAGCAAGGGAAAUAAGUAAAACCCAAAUACUCUCCCUUGCACCGAUGUAUAGAAUUACAAUGGCUGUUUUUAAAUGUGCUCUGUCUACCAACUGAGUAUGGAAAAGAGAUUGAGUAUUGCUGAUUUACUAGACCGUGUACAGCUGUACUGAAUAUUUGUCAAGUUUCACUUGCUGCCUAAAUGAGAGCCGUGCACAGUCUGUUUGAGAAUGUUACCAAAUGCGUAUGAUGAAGUUUUAGUGAACACUCUUGAAAACGAAUUUAAGUCAAAUCCAAAUGGAAAGAAAUUAGGGGUAGUUUUUUCAAAGACAGGCUCUAUAACUUUUCCAAGGGACUGCAGCUGGUAGGCCGAGCACUUUUCUCCUGUGAAGAAGCAGGUUUUCUGGUGGAUGCCGUUGCACAAACUAUUGCUCUAAACCACUUUGGGCUGAAUUAGGCCUGGUACCUACCCCCGAACAGGUUUGGAUGCACUUCAUAAAAUAACUUAAUUAGUAACAAAUAUUUUAUACUUCUGGCAAGUUGAGAGAGGUGGUCUAUCUUCAACAGGGUUAUAGUGCUUUUAUGAACCCCUUCCAGGCUUCUGUGGUAGGGCGAAGAAGGGCUUGCAGGGCAUUGCCAGGACAAGGAAGCAAGGUUCUUGCUAAUUCUGCCGUUGUGUGUUGAGAGUUCCCAGAAGGGGAGAGUGAAAACCUCUAUUCAGUCUCCUUCAGGACAGCCCUGAAUGUUUCUUUUUCUCUCUCCCACUCUGGGAAUCUAUUCUGGAUUGUACCUGUUACUCUUUCUCGCUCCUUCAAAUCGUUUCUCCCCCAAAUGUAACGCAGAGCAGAAUGGAGAACAUCCCUUAGUUGUCCCAUUUGAACAACCUGUCCAUUCUGACAGGUUUCAGAGUAGCAGCCGUGUUAGUCUGUAUCCGCAAAAAGAACAGGAGGACUUGUGGCACCUUAGAGACUAACACAUUUAUUUGAGCAUAAGCUUU